AUGACCUGUAUAUCAACUUAUUUGGUCAAGAUGCUCUUCAUUUUUCUCGGGUUUUGGUUCAGGCUUCCUCCUAAUGAAGCAUAUUCUCCAGAGUUGUCCCCCACCUCUCAUAAUCACUCCGUAAACGAUAGUCUCAAACAUCUGCAUAUUUUAUUUCGACAUGGCGACAGAUCUCCAAUCGUUAACAUACCUGCUAUUUUACACACAAUUCCUUCUGCUUGGUCGCAAGGCUUCGGCAUGCUUACAGACAAAGGUGUAGAACAGCAUUUUUUUCUUGGGAAGUGGUUACGAUCAAAGUAUCAAGGAUUUGUUCCCAGUAAAUAUAACAGUUCUUAUUAUCAUGUUCGUAGUACGGAUGUCGAUAGAACUCUAAUGUCAGCAAUGGCAAAUGCAGCUGGGUUUUAUAACCAGUCUCCUUCUCCUCUGUCCGCUUAUGGCAUCAAUUGGUUUCCCAUACCUGUUCAUACAAAACCUCAAGUAACAGAUACACUUUUGGGUGUUGCACCAUGUCCUUAUCGGGAUUCGUUACAACGUAUACAAAUGGAUAGUCAACCAUCUAUUGAAUUUGAGAAAAAUCACUCAAAUUUAUUUGUCAAACUUACUGAUGUCGCUGGUAUUGGUCCAGUUAAUCGUCAUAAUGUAUGGUCCAUAUCCGAUUUUAUUACAUGUAUGAUUGCUCAUAACAUUACCCUUCCUGAUUGGUGUACAGAUGAUUUUUUAGCAGAAUUACAUGAAGUCAAUAGAUUUUAUUGGGUGAUCAUUUCACAUUCAUGUGAUUAUAUUCUUGUGGAUUGUAAAAACCAUACCUUCAGAUUCUAUGGGUGGCAUGAUAACCUACCAGAAAGAAGAAUAAAUGACAAUAAGCUUCCUCCUAAUGAAGCAUAUUCUCCAGAGUUGUCCCCCACCUCUCAUAAUCACUCCGUAAACGAUAGUCUCAAACAUCUGCAUAUUUUAUUUCGACAUGGCGACAGAUCUCCAAUCGUUAACAUACCUGCUAUUUUACACACAAUUCCUUCUGCUUGGUCGCAAGGCUUCGGCAUGCUUACAGACAAAGGUGUAGAACAGCAUUUUUUUCUUGGGAAGUGGUUACGAUCAAAGUAUCAAGGAUUUGUUCCCAGUAAAUAUAACGGUUCUUAUUAUCAUGUUCGUAGUACGGAUGUCGAUAGAACUCUAAUGUCAGCAAUGGCAAAUGCAGCUGGGUUUUAUAACCAGUCUCCUUCUCCUCUGUCCGCUUAUGGCAUCAAUUGGUUUCCCAUACCUGUUCAUACAAAACCUCAAGUAACAGAUACACUUUUGGGUGUUGCACCAUGUCCUUAUCGGGAUUCGUUACAACGUAUACAAAUGGAUAGUCAACCAUCUAUUGAAUUUGAGAAAAAUCACUCAAAUUUAUUUGUCAAACUUACUGAUGUCGCUGGUAUUGGUCCAGUUAAUCGUCAUAAUGUAUGGUCCAUAUCCGAUUUUAUUACAUGUAUGAUUGCUCAUAACAUUACCCUUCCUGAUUGGUGUACAGAUGAUUUUUUAGCAGAAUUACAUGAAGUCAAUAGAUUUUAUUGGGUGAAAAAAUAUUCUUCUUCAGAUGAUAUCAUUCGAUUGGAAAUUGGUGUCUUCUUAGACACAUUCGUUAAACAUAUACAUUCUAUUAUACGUGGGGAACAAUUGAAUUUAACUUAUGAAUAUAAAUUAUCCACCGAACAUAUGAUGAUUUAUUCAGCUCAUGAUACUGAUGUAACUUAUAUUUUAGCUGGUUUCGGUGUAUAUAAUAAUCAAACAAUUAAUUAUGCAUCUACUGUUAUUCUAGAAUUACAUGGUCCAGAUAAAUCUAGCAAAGAAAGUGAUUAUCGUAUAAAAUUGUUGUAUAAAAAAGGUUGGACUGAUGAAACUGGUGAAUAUUUAACCUUACCAGCUUGUAAAGGUCAACCUGGUUACAAUGGUUGUCCUGUGAAUCUUGUAUUAGAACAAAUUAAACCAUUAUUAUUGAGUACUGAUAGAUUUUAUAAAGAAUGUUCAACAGAUCAACCGGAUAGCGUAAAUUAUCGAUUACAUCCAAUUGUAUUUAUCUUUGUCGGUGCAGCAAUCUCCUCUGUAAUAAUGCUUCUAGUUUUUUGGUAUUAUUCACUGCGUUUACGUCGUUAUAACAGUUUAGACGUUACGGAACAACCAAUAUUAUAA